AUGAAGCACCACCUCAAUCAAAUCAUCAUUCAGUCGAACAAGAAACACAUGCUCAACUUCUCAAAAGUCAAAGAAGAGAAAGGAGUCGGAAAACAUCCAAGAGUCACCAAUUUUUUUCCUCUAAAGAAUUGGCAAGUAGACAUACAUAAUAACUGCAGUGCUUCAGUUCAUAGCCUCCAAUCUUUACUAUUCAAAAUCAAUCAAGAUCACCAUGGAGGCUACGGUCAUGGUGGAGGCUACGGUUAUGGUCACGGUGGCGGAGGUUACGGUCAUGGUGGUGGAGGUUAUGGUCAUGGUGGUGGUGGUUACAACGGUGGUGGUGUUUCCAACAAUGAGGUUGUUGAAAUGUCAAAUGAAGUAAAUGAUGCCAAAUAUGGUAGAUAUGGUGGUGGUAGUAGAUACCACUAUGGUGGAUACCAUGGUGGCUAUCACCAUGGUGGUGGUGGUCAUCAUGGUGGUGCUUCCAACAAUGGUAACUGA